AAAACACAAAUCCGCUGGCAAAUUCUCCCUUCUCCUUUUGUAUUUUUCUUCUUUUUUAAUAAGUGUUUGAUGGAUAUUAGGUUUCCACGAGACCUUCCUGUCUGCGUCGUCUUCAGUCGAAAGACCUUUCUUUGUUCAAUGAACAUCAAACGUUGAUUGACUAUUAAGAAAAAAAAAAAAAACAAAACCCAGAGUUUAAAUUCCACUGUUUUUUCUCUUUGUUUUACAAUAUUGUUGUUAGUGUGUUGAAUUUGGCCUAAACAAAGGGAAAUCAUGGAUUAUUUUGAGCUUUAUGCAAGUUCCUCUUACCAGGAUUACAUUAAGGUUCUUGAAGCUGACAUUCAACAUGCCAAUAUGCUAGCGGCUUCUAUUCCAAGAGCUAAGGGGGAUGCACGUCUUCAAAUGAAGCUGGUUUACAAUCAUUUGGCACCCAUUGUCCUGUUUUUUCUUCAAUGGUUGAAUUGCUCAUGUUCAUGUCUACUUUCAAGUUAUCUAAACCUAUUUCACAUUGUUGUGUAUCAGGUAUGCUCAGAUGGCAGGCCAAGUAUCUCUUCAUGUAGAAGGAAAGCGACCGUAAGGGAAUUCUACUCUGUCAUAUUACCAUCUCUUCAGCAUCUUCAUGAUGAUCUUUCGGAGCUUGAUGUAACUGCAGAGGCAGAUCACUGCUUUGAGAUGGUUGUAAAGAAGAAAUUAGAUGAUAAGAGGAAAGUAUCAGACGUGGAGUUGGAAAGAGAAGAUGAAUGUGGAAUCUGUCUGGAGCCAUGCAGCAAAAUAGUUUUGCCAAAUUGCUGCCACGCAAUGUGUAUCAAUUGUUACCGUGACUGGAGCUUAAGAUCAGAAUCUUGCCCAUUUUGUCGUGGAAGUCUAAAAAGAGUAACUUCUGGGGACUUGUGGGUUCUUACACGCAGUACUGAUGUGGUUGAAACUCAAACUGUGGUAAAGGAGGAUAUGUUGCGCUUCCAUUUGUUUAUAAACCGGCUGCCUAAGGAUUUGCCUGAUGCCCUGUUCUUAAUGUAUUACGAGUAUUUAAUCUAAUCCGCUAGGAGAAAAUUCUGAUGUACAGAGAGAAAAUUGCCAACAGCUGGAUGUACAUAUAUUCUGGUGAGAUUCUGAUUUCACAUUGAGAAUUUCAAUUCCACAAUAUGUUUUUAGCAAAAUAAUGUAUAUGAUCAUGUAAGAUCCACAAUUAUUAACAUAUUAAUUAAGUCUGUAGCAUCUCCCAGCCUUAAAAUUUAUUUUUGUUAAUCAAAGGUGGAGUGUUGGAGUAUUUCUAUUGAUCGGUCAUGUCAUAUAGGCCCGAGUCGGACAUCCAAUUGCUUCGAUUUGAAGUAUCCGGAGGAUGUCUUAUAUAUAUUAGGAUCAUCACUUAACUGGAAAAUUGUUGGAUGCUCUGAGAUGGU